AUAAAAAAGGGAAAGGGUUACUUUUAACAGUUCCAAAUAAACUUGUAUGACUUCCCGAAUAUGAAGGCACAUAAGUUUAUAAAUAGAUACACAUGCAUCUGUAUUAACAGUUCUACGAGACUGUAAAAAAAAUGGUAAAAAUGGACGAUCAGUUGCAGUCUCACUCCGCACUACCUCUUCUUUCAAAACCCGAUCGCAUGGAUUCUUUCAUGAAGCAUAUCAGAAAGCACCCUAAUUUAUCAAGAUGGCGAUAUAUUUUUAAAUUUGGGAGAAAGAACAGCGAAUGUGUUCCAUUGAAUGAAACUAUUGCGGAUGUCAACAACAAAAGCUAUUUGCUAGAUAGGAUUGAGUCCCUUGAAGAUCGUCUUAUUCAGCUUUCUUUAGAGAUUGAAACACGAAGAACAUCACGCACAUCAACAACAGCAUCAGCGAUUCCAGGGACACGGGAAUUACCGAUUUCUUCAUACCCGGUUUUCAACAAUCCUAAGCCAAAAUGCAAGCGUGUAGCUUCUGAUGUUCUACCCAUUAGCACUGGUGGUGAAUUACAGAAGAGAUCUGAAACACUGAAUCCGAAGCAAAAACGGAGGAAUGGAAAGAGUCAUGUCGAGAAUUGUAAGACAUUCAAGAAUGGGAAGAAAAAAGCUCACAGUUGGCCACACCUAAAGAUAUUAGGUUGCUAGUGCUUGUUUUAUUCUAGUCUUUUGAUUUUUUUUUCUUUUUUGCACCUUUAAUGUUUUUAUUGUUUGCAUUUUCUACAUAAAGAAUUAUUAAAAAAAAGUUAAUGGACUAGUUAAUGGUGUUGAACCUUAUUUAAUAAAUUGAUACGAUACCA